ACUAUCAAUUGUCCGUCAUCGUCUCAGGCGCCACAUGAAUUGAAUGGUUAUUCUACCUUUGACUAAUGAUUUUACACACAAGACGUGAUUUAGAGCUCCACACAAUAUGAGUAAAGCAUCAAGCGAUUGUUCUAGCUGGCUGAUGUGAGACUAGCCCCACAAACCUUCCCAGAUCGUCGCACAAAGCGAAAGGUUAGGUUAGUUCGAUAGCUAGCAUCGCUAGCUAGCUAACAUAGCUAACUAGCAUUUUCGUUCCACGUUCGGAAUUAUUAAUGAAUGAAUUGAUCCCGUAAUAUUUUUUUGCGUUGAAAUUCAAAGUAUUUUAGGUCGCAAAUGGACCUUAAUUUUUAUUCUGGACUUCCUGACGGUUGUGCUCAAAAUGUUGAUUCGGAGUUUUUGGACAGCCAACCAUAUGGUGGUUACUCCGAAGGAAAUAAGUUUUCAGAAGGCAAUGAUAGUUACCUAACCAUAGGUGGCGGUGCUCACCACUUUUUGUCCGCUGAGACGUUCCACACCCCCAGCCUAGGAGAUGAAGUUUUUGAGAUUCCCCCCAUCUCACUGGACCCGGACUCGUCACUCAGUAUUUCUGAAGCGGUGUCCCACUUUGAGUUGUCCGAUGGGGGAGAUGGCUCAGCGGGACCUUCGGGUUCUCGUAGCCUGGUUAGCAACUUGGUGGUGGAAGCUAACGAUCCAUCUUUUGCAUCCCCCUUUGUGAACACCGGCUCCCAAGGCCUGGAGCACCUCAACAUGGGAGCCAUGGGUCAGGGGAAUGGAGGAGCUCUGCUCAGCUCAUCAUCAUUGGAGCUGGGAAACAGUGGCGGCUCUCAUUUCAGCAGCCCGUCCCCAAUGACCAUUGAUGUUCAACUCGCUGACAUAACUCAUGGCCUUUUAGGAAGUGGUCACUUAGCUACCAUUAACCAGACAGAGCUGACUCUGGGUCUAGGAGGAGAAUGUGUAGGACCUCCUGCAGGGACUUCGGAGCCGCCACUGUCGGCGACACCUUCUCCAGCUGGCUCUUUACAAGAUGAGGACAUGGAUGACUUCAAGAGGAGUGUGCUGGUAGACUCCCCCAUGUCUGUGUCCUCAUCAUCCUCAGUCCUCUCCCAUUCUGCUGUCCAGUCAUCUGGCUCCUUGGCAGCAGCCAAAAAGGCCACGGGAACACUGACAACAUUCAAAACAGGCCGGCUGAAGAAAGACCCAAAUGAGCCGCAAAAGCCAGUUUCUGCAUAUGCUCUGUUUUUUAGAGACACACAGGCUGCCAUCAAAGGUCAGAACCCUAACGCUUCUUUUGGAGAGGUGUCAAAGAUUGUGGCGUCAAUGUGGGACAGUCUGGCUGAAGAGCAGAAACAGGUCUACAAGAAAAAGACCAAUGCUGCCAAAAGGGAGUAUUUAAAAGCUCUGGCAGCUUACCGAGCCAACCAACUGUCACAGCCCCAAUGUGACAAGGUGGAGACAGCACCUUCACCACCUCCACCUGAUGUCAGCCAGGCCUCUGUGGCCAACCCCCCUGCGAGUCACCAGCUCGUCCGUUUGGCAAAUAACGUUGAAGAGAACACCCUGACCAACAUUUGUGCCUCCAAUAUCAUUCUGGAUAUCCCUGAGAGGGCAACUCGUUCCCGCACGGGGGCAACCAAACCAGCACCGGCCCCGGCGGCUGCAACCGCAGCACCACCGGUGCAAACCAUCACUAAGAUCCUAAUUCCAAAACACAUGCUUCAGGCAGGAGGCCAGUUUGUCACCCUAAAAAUGCCGGCUGGCAUCCACACUUUGCAGCCAGCCCUUGUGGUGCCCGGCGCCCCUCGCCUGCCUCCGCCCUUGCAGCAGAUGCAGAACGCGCCCCCGCCACCACCGCUCCAACAGAUGGCGCCAGCUCCACCGCGGUUACUUCUGGCCAAGCCUCGGGAGGGCGGAAACGCAACGGGACCGCCCGUGUCCAUCGCAGCUGCCCCGCCGCCUCCGCUUCAGAUAAAAAUAGUUCCCGCCCCAUUGCAGGGAAAAGACGCCUUGCCCAUCAUCAUCCCCGCCACGGCGACAGUGGCGCCAACGGUGUCAGGAUCCACACUUGCGGCGGCAGUGCAGGUGGUGAAUUCUGCCGAGUCAGCGGGUCAGCAUGAUGAGGAGGUCAUCUCGGAGGUGCUGCCUUCCGAAGAGGAGGAGAUGGAAGUGAACGAGUCGUGUGAGGACGCCGCUGCGCCAUCCGUGUGCGUGAGGUCCGGCUGCACAAACCCAGCUGUUGAGAGCGAUGACUGGGACAAAGAAUACUGCAGCAACGAGUGUGUGGCCUCUCACUGCAGUGAUAUUUUCAAGGCGUGGUUUUCCAUCCGAAACCAAACCCUGGGAACGGUGAAAUAAAGAGGUAAAGGCGGUCACUAAGGAUGAUUGUACAGCAAAUACGGACAUUGUCACCAUUUACCAGGAUUUUGUGGUUAAAAUUCUUCAACUGGACAGAUUGCAGUUCGGCGUCAGGAAUUCUUUGACAGCUCAUGUUUUGUCAACGCAAGUUUUUGACUGUAUAUAAGUGAUGUCCUAAAAAAAGUUAUUUUUGUCUAGAAAUUAGAAGCAUUUCCGUUUCAGUCAUUUGCGUUUAUUGAAUCGUUACUUAUGAUUUAGUAGUACACUAGCUUGACUUCAGUGCCAGCAGUUUGUUUCAUUUGUGUCUAAGUAAUAGUAUUUUUUUUUCUGUUGCUAUAACGCACCCCAUGAUUGAUUGUCAACUAAACUCAGGGUGUAGAUACAUUUUGCCUGAAUGGGGUUUAUUAAAGUGAAGGACCCUCCGCUGAGUUUUGUUUUUAUAUAAAGAAAGAGGCAAUACUCUGUUGUUUUCUCAAGUUGGUUAAGUGAAAAUAGUCUAGCUGUUUAAUACAGUAGAUGUUGACAAGUGUAAUACAGUAACCGGAGAUAAAUAAAUCAUGAAUGUCUAGCCAAAUUUUGAAGCUGUUUGUGGUGGGGGGGAUAGCUUUUGAAGGAAAUGAAUAGAUAUCAUGCUCUAAGUUAUCAGUGCAUGUAAAAUCUAUUGUAAGGGAACUUGAAAAUAAACUUAAAUUGACUGUAUGUGUCGGAGGUAAAGAAAUUACAAUGCAACACUGUGUCAAAUUUUCAAAUCCGAGGUUAAAUUGCUCAAUAUUUGUGCAUAUUGCCAUUUGGAGUAUUGGAGGAGGACUAAUUUAAAUGACUCUGGGUGGGAGAGAUCUAUUGGUCAAAUAGAUUAAAUUUGGGAUACUUUUGUCUAAAUUCGGUGGUUUCGAAAACAACGGCUUUGAUGAGGUAUAACAGUUAAAACUUUUAUGUCUUCACAUUCAAGUUUAGCUUCCAUGGCUUGAUUACCGCAGCAUCUUCGCUCUACUACUGGACUGCCAUUUUACCGUCAGACUACGCGAGCGCUGUGAACUGGAUGUUUUCCGAUUUAUAUGGUGGAAAACGCAGACAAGACUCAAAGCAGUUUCUGCUCUUGCAUUCCUCUUUAAACUAAACUGCUGUAUUUUAAGCCAAAAGAACUGUUGUGUUUGAAAGAACAAUGUCUAUAUGCUGCCAUAGCAGAUUCAUGUCGCAUUAAGCCCCCAAACUAUUUUUAAUUUGUCCGUUUUACCCUGGAGACUACCCGUUUACAGAUGUCGCGCAACCGCUUUUGUUUCAACCCAGCUAUAAAAAGGUCAGUAAUUAUAUUUCUUAUUCGAAAUGUCUGACAUUUUUAGCUUCGAAUCCUUCAGGCAUGAAAAUCUCUCACCUUUUGGCGAAAUUCGCCGUUUUGAAGUCAAAAAGGGCGACCUACGUGAAUUGCGUAGAUCCGAGGAGAAAUUCUUUUUGGGAGGAGGAGGGGGGGGUUGGGAGGUUUUAUUUAAUUAUUAUCAUCAUGUGAUUAACUUAGUACGUAAACUGAGCACUUAAGAACACCGUCAGCAAAUCCUUCUAGAUGCUUCGCUGACGAGAACCAAUCGUCGGCCCAAGCUGCGUUCCAUUAUUCCAAACGCGCGCACUCCUUACUGUACAUGGAGUGCUCGGAGAGCCUUUGGUUGCAUUGCAAAGCUGCGAAAACAAAAAGCAGGCCUUAUCCACACCGGGGCAGACCAGAGCGCAGCAUACACACAUGCCUGUAUUUGCCAGCAGAUUGAAUUUGGUGAGUAAUGGUUUCAAUCGUUUUCACAUUUUGCGAUAUAAAAAAGUUACUGCCAUUCGUUGCAGCUUGCGUUGAACACUGCCAGAGCUAGCCAAAUCUCCCAUGAAAAAAAAUAGCUCCCUCCCGUUAAAUUGGCGUCAAGCUUGUGUAUUUAGCAGUAAUAUAAACGAAGAAACACACUGUUGAGUCAAAUUAAGCGGCAUGCUCUCGGAUGGAGGGGGUGCCUCACAUCGCUCCCGUCGUCCACCGGAGACGCGUUAUUUUCGGCUUGGAUUUGAGCUGACGGCCGGUGUCGGCACAACACCGGCCCGACGAGUGGUGGGAAUGAGUCCUGCUUCUUAAAGCUUUUCAGAAAUACAGGGAUCCCUCGUUUUUCGCGGUUAAUGGGGACCAGAACCCGCCGCAAUAAGUGAAAACCGCGAAGUAGCGCCCCCCCCCCCCCCCAUUUUUUUGUGCGUGUUCAAUGCAUUUAUUCAGAUUUUACAUUGGAAAAAAGAUACAUAUAUAUAUAUAAGACGUUUUUUCACUUUUUUCACCAAAGUAUCAUUUAUAAAUGGUUUUCAAGCACUUCAAAAUGUAAGAAUUAUGAUAAGUUUUAAACAUGUUAUUGCCCCACCGAAUUAUUUUUAAACAAGAAUAAAGUAGUAAGAAAAUGCUUGGCUUUAUUAAAUGCUUCAUAGUGAGUCUACUCAAACCCUCUCAGGCUUUGGUAAACGGUGAUUGACACAUGUGCAAAGUUUUUCUUUUUAUAUAUAUUGAAUAAUAAAGACACAAAUGUCCUAGCCAAAAUGUGGCCCAAACGCAAAACAACGUUACUUCAAUGGAAAAAUUUGUCUCAAUCAAGAAAAAUAGUUUUCAAAUGCUUUUUUUGUCUCAAAUUUAUUUUUGCAAUCAAAAACAAUUUUUUUAUUGAAGUGACUUUUUGGGGAUUAAAAGUAUAUACUGUAUUUUGAUUGAAGCAACUUUGUUUUUGAUAGAAGUAACUUUUUUUUUUGAUUGAAUAAUAAAAACACAAAUCUACCUCCAUCGUUAUUGAGAGAGAAAGAAAUUAAGAAAGCUUUAAAACUAAAAGCCACCGGGGAGUCUGUUUUUUUUUUUUUUUUUUAAUAUUUAUAUUUCAUUACAUAGAAAUGCGUCGUAGGGAAGUGAGAUUGAGGGAUUAAAAAAGGAGUUAGAUGAGGCUGCUAAAGGCAGUGGAUACCUCAUCAGCUGGGUGAAUAGCAGACCUGGUAAGAACAAGUUUGCAAGGAUAGUCGGGUAUUAAAUACAAUUAUAAACACAAUUACAAUGUUAUUUUUCUAUAAGAUUUUUAUGUCAUUGCUUUAUUAAUCAUUAGGUGCUAGAGUUGUUAAGUAUGGAUAAUAAUGAAAUAAUAGUUUUAAGAAAACUGUGCUGUUGGUGGCUCAGUGACCAUCUGAUGUGUU